AUGCGCUUGCCGUUCAUCAACCCAGGCCUCUGUGUCUCCAAGAAUGCCAGCCAGCCAGUCGUCUCGCGGCCAGACGCCUUGAUGGAGAAUAUCGCAGCGACAAGGCGAGCGGCCAGUCAGGGGGCUCUCGACCGAGGCUCUUCUGCAAGAGCCGCGCUCCAGAGCCUUGACGGAAACGCGGUAUUCCUGGCCUCACCAUCCCCGUUGGACGGCAUGCUCAGAAAGACGACUGAGACGGGGGACAUCGGACCCUUCUCCUUCGGCUCGGUCCGUGUUCCCCGCGCGUUCGAACCUCCGGCACGUCCGCGACCGGCAAAGCCCAAGACUACCAAUGCCGGGCGCUCGCCCAACGAUGGGAUAGGAGGUGACCUCGAGGACGACAGGAGGCAGCUCCCAUCGUAUCGACACAGCACGUCCGGUUCCGUAUCCCUCUGCGACUCCGGCAGCUCGAUCGGAACGUGGACCGGUGAUCAUGGGAACAGAUUCUGCACUUCGUCGUCCGACUUCACAGAAGACGCUGGCAAAGCGUCCAGCAAGCCAGCAGAGACCCCGGAUUCCCCAUUGCUCAGCUUGGGCCAACCUCUCAGCCCUACCGCUCAGAACCCGGCCAUCUCACCAACGCCAAAUGAGAUCCGAGCGCUCUUCUCCGCUGACAUGCGCCGCGUCAACGGGAAAGCCCUCCGGCGGCUGAAGAAGUGCUUUCCCGACCUGGGGGCCCGCCUCGCGGAGGCACAGCUUCAACUGCCAUCCUCAUCGUCGACGGGGAUGCCAACGGCGGCAGGGAUGGACAAUUGCGGACAACUCGAGGCUAACCCGACUCCCAUCGCCGACGAGACGGCCGGUCCGGGACAGAGAGGAGGAGAGCGUUCCAGGCGGCUCAGGGGCCGCGUUACCAGCUGGGUGGCAAGUGCCCGGCGGGCCAUCGCUCGCGUGUGUCCUGGGCUGCGAGUCCGCAGGUGA